AUGGAUGAUCAGCCCAGGUUGAUGCACUCUCAUGCGGGGGUCGGGAUGGCUGGACACCCAGGCCUGCCCCAACACAUGCAGGAUGGCACAGGGACAGACGGUGAUGGCAGAAAACAGGACAUAGGAGACAUUUUACAACAAAUAAUGACCAUUACAGACCAAAGUCUGGACGAAGCACAGGCCAGUAUCUUCUUCGGACGAGAAAAGUCUUUUCAACACUUGUUUGAAAUUCUUAAAACAGUGCUGAGUAUCCGGGGGACCCAGGAGGAGGAGCCGCCAGACGCCCAGCUCAUGCGUCUGGACAACAUGCUGCUGGCGGAAGGCGUCUCGGGUCCUGAGAAAGGGGGCGGAUCAGCAGCAGCAGCCGCAGCGGCUGCAGCCUCCGGUGGAGCUGGAUCGGACAACUCCGCCGAGCAUUCAGACUACAGAGCCAAGCUGACACAGAUCCGGCAGAUCUACCACACCGAGCUGGAGAAAUACGAACAGAUGGUAUCCAAGGGCGGAAGGAGUGGCAAUCAGAAUUUCACAGGAAAUGCUGCCUACGGAAUGCAGGCAUGUAAUGAGUUCACUACCCAUGUGAUGAACCUCCUGCGAGAGCAGAGCAGGACUCGACCCAUCUCCCCGAAAGAGAUUGAGCGCAUGGUCGGCAUCAUCCAUCGCAAGUUCAGCUCCAUUCAGAUGCAACUGAAGCAGAGCACGUGUGAGGCUGUCAUGAUCCUGCGCUCACGAUUCCUUGAUGCAAGGAGGAAGAGACGAAACUUCAACAAGCAGGCAACAGAGAUCCUGAAUGAGUAUUUCUACUCACACCUCAGCAACCCCUACCCCAGUGAGGAAGCCAAAGAAGAGCUGGCAAAGAAGUGUGCCAUCACCGUAUCACAGGUAUCAAACUGGUUUGGUAAUAAACGAAUCCGAUACAAGAAAAAUAUUGGGAAAUUCCAAGAGGAAGCCAACAUAUAUGCUGCCAAAACUGCCGUCAACGCCUCCCAUGCAUCGGCACAUGGAAGCCAAGCCAACUCCCCAUCCACUCCAAACUCUGCAGGUUCUUCCGGUUCUUUUAACAUGUCAAAUUCCGGAGACUUGUUCAUGAGCGUGCAGUCAUUCAAUGGGGAUUCUUACCAGGGGGCCCAGGUUGGAGCCAACGUGCAGUCACAGGUGGAUACCCUUCGCCAUGUUAUCAGUCAGACAGGCGGAUACAGUGAUGGACUCGCAGCAAGCCAGAUGUACAGUCCGCAGGCCAUCAAUACUAACGGAAGCUGGCAAGAUGCUACUACCCCCUCAUCAGUGACAUCGCCAACAGAAGGACCUGGGAGUGUUCACUCUGAUACCUCCAACUGAUCUCUUAGCAACAGAACCCCUAUUAGAUGAUGGGAUUUCUCCCGCAUAAACCAAUCAGAGCCGAGGUCAACUAACCAAUAACCACAUAGGAUGUCCUUCUGCUUGGAGUGCAUACAUUAUUAUUAUUAUUAUUAU